GGCGCAGUUGCAACGCGUGGUGGGUCUGACGAGCAACAAAAUCCAGAGGGUUUUGACAGUGAAAGGAAGCAGUGUAUCGCCAUAAGCUGGGCAGAAGGACCUCUCACUCAUCCCUCCAUCUUAUCCUGUCUUGUGGAUUUUUUGGCUCUGCAUUUCUCGUGUGUGUCUUCACUGCGCUUGAACUAGCCGCUGACAGAGUGUCACUCCUGAGCAACUCCGCAAUCUCUGGAGGUAAACAGAGCGCCGCUUCCUCUUCUGCGUAGCUGUCGUCAGACUCAGCAUCAGGGGCGCUGAGAGGUGCAAGUGUGUGUGGUCCUGCUGAAGUGGCCCUGCCCCCCUCCCUCCUGCCCCCAUGUAUCCUGAAUCCACCACCGACUCUCCCGCGCGCCUCUCCCUCCGACAGACUGGCUCUCCGGGCAUGAUCUACAGUGCUCGCUAUGGGAGCCCCAAACGGCAGCUGCAGUUCUACAGAAACCUUGGAAAGUCGGGCCUGAGGGUGUCCUGCCUGGGAUUAGGAACAUGGGUCACAUUCGGCGGACAGAUAACAGAUGAGAUGGCAGAGCAGCUGAUGACCCUGGCCUAUGAAAACGGCAUCAAUCUGUUUGACACUGCAGAGGUCUACGCGGCUGGAAAGGCAGAGGUUGUGCUUGGAAACAUCAUAAAGAAGAAAGGAUGGAGACGUUCAAGUUUGGUCAUAACAACAAAGAUUUUCUGGGGUGGAAAAGCUGAGACCGAAAGAGGUUUAUCCCGAAAACACAUUAUAGAAGGUUUAAAGGCAUCUUUAGAGAGACUCCAGUUGGACUACGUGGAUGUGGUUUUUGCAAAUAGACCGGAUCCCAACACGCCUAUGGAAGAGACGGUCCGAGCGAUGACCCAUGUGAUAAAUCAAGGCAUGGCUAUGUACUGGGGCACGUCUCGCUGGAGCCCCAUGGAGAUAAUGGAAGCUUAUUCCGUGGCGCGGCAGUUCAACCAGAUCCCUCCCAUCUGCGAACAGGCUGAGUAUCACAUGUUCCAGAGAGAGAAGGUGGAGGUGCAGCUACCGGAGCUCUUCCACAAGAUCGGGGUGGGAGCCAUGACCUGGUCUCCUCUGGCGUGUGGAAUCAUCUCAGGGAAAUACGACGGCAGGGUCCCUCCGUACUCUCGAGCAUCUCUGAAGGGCUACCAGUGGUUGAAGGACAAGAUCCUGAGUGAGGAAGGCCGGCGUCAGCAGGCGAAGUUGAAAGAGCUGCAGGCAAUCGCGGAGCGGCUGGGCUGCACACUGCCCCAACUGGCCAUCGCGUGGUGCCUACGUAACGAGGGGGUGAGCUCUGUGCUUUUAGGAGCCUCCAACACGGACCAGCUCAUGGAGAACAUAGGGGCGAUACAGGUUCUUCCAAAGUUGUCAUCGUCCAUCACACAUGAAAUCGACAGCAUCUUGGGGAACAAGCCGUACAGUAAAAAGGACUACCGCUCCUAACCCCACAGGCUCCGCCCGGCAGGGCUGCACCGGGCUGCACUGCAGCGCCCACCUUUGCCUGAUCCUCUGUUUGCUUGAGCUUUUACUGAAUGAGACCCUGGCGCAUGAGUGUGGCACAUGGGCCACCCAGGGCUCCUCAUCUAGAGUUACAGGGAAAAGAAAAGAAAAGGGAAAAUCAUCACCUCCAGAAGGACACCAGACUGUGAGAGAGCUGCUAGUGAAACGCGCUCGUAUUUAAAUCAGUAACAUUCAAAGUCAGCUGGAAGUAUUAAAACUGUAGAGAAAAUACAUUUAAAAAAGAAGCACAUGCUUGCUCGGCAUUCAGAUUUGUUUUUGCUUUUUAUUUUGGAAAAAAAAAACAAUGCAACUCAAUGGAAGAUUACUGUAGUUCAUUCUGUAUGAAAUACAAGCGGUACUCAGUUGCACAUGUACCAGAGCCAUGCAUUUGUUCCUGGGACGUUCUGUUUACAAACACCUGUGUACUGUAAGUCUCAGUCCAACUCUUUGUGUUGUCUCCAUAGUCAGUGUAGGUGCCCCCUAGUGGGCCAACAGUCAGCACUUUAGUCUGUAGUGAUUUGUUGAGGACAGAAUUGAUCGUUCAGUAGUAUUAGAUGGCAGCCAUUGCACUAGAGGAUCGCCUCCCGCUAAGCCCCUCCCCUUUGAUGCCCAUAACCCCGCCCACCCUGACUGUGCAAUGGGUGAUUCUGGUCUGCAUAGGUCAGGACUGAGGCUGCUCCCUAAAACUGAACUUAUACAAAGUUAAAGGGUCUUUAGGAGCAGAGUAAUCGCUGCAAAACAACAUAUUUAUUCAUCCCUCUCCAUAGAAGUGCUACACUGUGUAUCUGCCUCUGCUUAGGUGUCCUCGAACACCACUUAUCAGCGCAGGCUUCUACAUCUCAUGGACGAUUUUUCUUGAUCGACUUCUGUUCAAGUAUUUUGCCUUAUUUUCUUUUACGUCAGACUGUGCUGUGAGCUCCAGCGUAGACGGUCAUCUUAGAGGUUCCUCUGUGCUCUGUCUCCCCAGUAGAAACAGGAACUAGUGCGAUUGUUAUUGUCCUGUAGGUGGCGCUGUUCUCGGCAGCAGCUCAGGGAAUGAAACAGUUUGAUCUAAAAUGUUUCCGUAUCACCUGGAUCGUUCCUCGGAUUGGAAAAAAUAUAUUGUAUUUUAUAUGCAAAACCAAUAACUGAUUUGUUGACCUUGCUCUAUGAUGCAUUCAAGACAGUAAAUCUAAUAUUAUGCAAAAAAAUCAUUAUUAUUUACUUCAAAAAUACUGGUAUAAAACAUGUGUUUAUACUUUAGGUUAUUGACAAAUACAGUUUAUCGAUCUCAAAUAUCUAUAAUGAUAAUAAUUACAUUUUUCAGUUAUAUACAGUUGCAAGAGAAAAAAUAUCUUAACAUUUAAAAAGUUUAAGUAUAUUUUUAGCUAACCCAAUCUAUUUUUUUUUUUUUAUGUAAUUCAAGCAUUUCAUAGUAAUAUCUUAUCUUUACACUGGUUUUAGUUUGUAUAUUAAUCUGAAUGUUGUAAGACCUGUAAAGGAAGGAUCCAGGUGCCAUGGAAACGUGGUUAGUCUACUGUAGUGCAUAGAUGGUCCGGAGGUGGUGCUGACACUGGGGAGGACCUGUGAAACUUUAGUGAGGCUCGAGCCAAAGAUUUCUGAGUGUGUCUUCACUCACUUCUGCAAGGUUACAUAAUCUAACUCAUCUUGGCGCAUGUUCUGUCCAGCUCGCUAUGUAUCUACUGUAUGGACUCCACGUAUAUCUUAACUUGAUCAUGCUGUUAUACUAUUAAAGAUAAGGCCUCAUAUACACAAUGCAUAGUGCUGAUAAUUGCUUUAGGUUGAUAAGGAGUGUCUCAGGCAGCGGGCAGCCUGGGACAUACCACAUGCGUCUUCAGUAAAUGGGUUUACAUGCACUGGUAUUUUCUGGUUUGGACUAAGACUUAACUUGCUGGUCAGUCACUGUAUAAGUCUGAGUUUUAAUUCUUCAAACAGUUCAGCGUGAAUCAAGUUUUAUGUAAAGUUCUUCUUAAAGUAGCUUCUGUGUUUCCUAAUUUCACCCUCAAAUUUGUCUGCACUUCAAUAUUUUUAUUCCCCACAAAUUUCUGAAUUAAAACAUUUGGCUCAAACUGAUGCCAUGAAAAUUUGCAUAUCAAAAUUUCUAAAGUAUCAAAAAAUUGACUGAACUUUUUAAGCGUAACCCCAGUUUGUCCAUUCCUGUCCUUUCAAAUGUUUUAUUUGAUUUCUCAAUCAUUUUAAGAUUAAUGUUAGAAAUUGGCUAAAGCUUUUCUUAAAUAACUCUUUUUGUAUACAGGACAUAUGAAUACCUUUUGUAUUGUUUUUGAACGCAUGUUAUUGCCCUUUCACCAUUAUCAUAAUUCUGUUCAAAACCAGAUCAUACUGUAAUUUAAGUGCAUGUAAACCUAUUCAAACCUAACUGUGAUCAAAGCACAAGCAGCAUGUGACCAUUCAAACGCAUGGAUCCUUUUCACUACAAUACCCACAAGACAACGCUCCUCCGCUUACUAACACGUCCUUUAACCAGGCUUAAGUAACAGCUGCGAACUACAACAACAAGAAGAAAAAAAAAAGACAAUUCAAGUGUUACUUUAGUGUGAAUGGACUGCGUGAGCUAAGAAUUAUGGGAACUCAAAAUGGACGUCACUGUGUGGGCUUUGUUCCUCUCGUGGUCCAACUUUUCCUGGUGAUUUUAAAGCAACCGCCAAGUGAUCCGUGUUGUGUGUGCGUAACUGCUUAGGUCAAUGUAUUAGUUAAUUCUCGUGUACCUUUUCAGUUUCUUUUUUGCAGUGUCUUUUACGUCUGGGUGAUAAAAGUGUGCAAGCCAAUGAUGUUUUUCUUGUAAGAAGAAAAAACUCUGAAAACAUGUUAAGUCUGUUCAGUUUGUGUGUCUUAAUAUUCUCAUCAGGGACAGUAGAGAAAAAGUCACUUAACUCGAGACUUAAAAGUAUCGCUGUGCAUUUUGCUCGACCAUCAGUGUUAUCUCGCGGCUGAUGUCUGAAUGUACGGGCCAGAGGGACAAGUCUGCUGUGAAGAUGAUACAAAUAGCAAUGAUCUUUUAAACUGUAGCUAAACUAAACAACACCUCUAUAGUUUCUCUAACUAUAACCAAAUAAUAUUACGUAAAAGAAGUUAAAAAAAAAAAAAAAAUGUGGUCAGUGAAAUUACUCUAGAAGCUGUGGAAACUUUCACUUUGUUAAGAGUAACUGACUCUAGACAUAACAUUUGGUUUAAAAUGUGUCAUUUGGAAAGACAAAACAUUAAAUAAUGCACUCAAUCUGUUAUUUUGAAAGACUAGAUCACAAAGAUUGACUCGUUUAAUAAAAAAAUUAUUGUAUUUAAAAGAGUGAUGCUAGAAACCCAAAAUAAUACAUUUUGUCGACAUAAAGGUUUUGUCACUCAAAUAAGAGAAAUGUUUGAGUCUCUACAAAGUAUUCUGUAAAGUACCUAAUGUCCAUGUUGUAACUAUUACCCAAAUGCAGUUGUGUUGAAUGCUGUGCUAAAGAAGCACGGCAGUCUCUUCAAUCAAGUGUUAGUCAAUUGAUUUUAUAUAAUUGGCAAUGAAAUAUUAGGCAAAAUCAACCAGCAGCCAGUCCCAUGUGAAAGUCUGAGCCUUCUCAUCUUUCACAACAAACUGUCCUUUUGACCUGUACAUUCUUCACAUGAGCCGCUCUCUCACACUGUGCUAGCCUGACUAUGCUAUUGGGAGGUUAACACACAAUGUAAACCAAUGAUGACAGGCUUCAUCAUAAUAAAAGACUGAAUAUUAGAGUUAUAAAAAUAUGCUUUAAGAGGUCUUAGUUUCAUCUUUAUUAUUGAGUUUUGGAGUGAAACUGACCCAUAGAGGGAUAGAGCUUAUUUUCCAGAAGGAUCUACAUUUAAAAAAAAGAGUAUAUUUUUAUGUUUUGCAGUACAGAAAAUAUCUGUUUUUAUUUUUUCGUCAUGCAUUUUUCCUAUCAGUAUUGUAAAAUUCUUAAGACAGACUAAAGAACUAUUACUUUGUGUUACGUAUGGGAAAGGUUGUAGUGAAUGCAGUUGCAGGCUAACUUCAUCUUAACAGUCUGCCGUCUCUGUACAUAUCUUUGUAAAUAUUUCUGGUUGUGAUCACCUCGGCCUUUUUUAAUUUUCUUUUGCAGGCAUUGCUAUCUGCACUGUGCUUGGUCUGACUUUAGACAGGAUGUACAGCUUCAAACUCCAAAUGAAAAACUGAAAAAAUUAUAAAAAUCAGAAUGGUAAAAC